UUCUCUGUAUUAUGGAAGUCUUGAAAGUUCAAACAUCUAUGUCAAAAAACUAAAAUCUAAAAUGGAUGGGUGACAUAUUGUUCUUUAUAUUUAUGACCUACGAAGCAUGACAUGAAAGAUAAAAUCUAUAUGAUCAGCAUAAUGUGAGGAGAGCCCAGUUACUCAGUCAUAUGAUUGUAUACUUAAAGUUGUCCAUAAGGAGGAUUCAUGGAGUUCCAUAGAACAUUUUCAGCUCUCCAUGCUGGGGCCUGGCACAGGGAGGAUCUUCUGGGUGUGCGAGCAAGAGAGACAGGCAGAGUGACAGUCCGACACACCCACCCACCCAGCCACACAACUGCGGGAGGAAUGAUGCUGGAAUCCAUUCGCGUCACUGAAAAACUUCACUGGCCUAAACAAGAGCUCUCUAAAAAGACAGUCUUAAAUCCAGAGGAACACAAGCUGGUCAUUAAGAAUGAAAACAGUCUUCAGCACCUGUCACCUGGAGUCCUUAAGGACAUUUUCACAACAGGAACAAGUAGCUACAAUGUCCUUCUGCAGAGUAAAGAGGAGAAGAAACACCACUUCCAAAAGCAGUCAUCUGCACAUCAUAAAAGACACAGAAAAUCCACCAAGUUUUCCACUACCUUGCGAAGCAGCGAGCACUGCAAGAUCAAAGUACCGCUGCCUUUGCUGAGCAGCGGGUGGUACUGUACGAGCAGACAGCCCUCUGUCUUUAUCACUAGCCCAAUGUCUAGCAGUGUAAAGUUUACAAAUGGUAUUUCAGUCACAGGGAACAGCAAAGGACUGCCACCUCGAACCAAAAGCAAGGCUAAGAGGUAUUAUUUCUCUAAUCUAGCAAAGCCAAAGCAGCCCCAGUUGUCAAAAAGCCAUGGAAAAGAGGGAGAAGUUUCUGGCCGAAAACUCUGUAUACUAACUGCCAUCAAGCCUUCCAAUGUAGAGAAAGAGAAGAUGAAAUUCUUCAAGUCAGAUUUUACCUACAAUCCUCAAUUUGAAUAUGCAAAUCCUGCAUUGCCAAAUGUAUUAGCCAAGCAUAGUCAAGCAUCUGACAGAUUUCUUAAGCAGUCCAUCAAUAUUAUGGAACGGACUUUGCAGAAAUAUGGAAGCUAUGAAAAGUUUGAACAGGUCACUGGAGGCAGCCUGCUGACCAAGAGUCGCAUCUGGAAUCAUGUCAGGAAAUAUAUGGUGAAAGAAGGCUGCCUGGGUGAGAUUGUGGUUCACCUCACCGAGGACCUGCUUUCUCGGGCCUCAAUGAUGGUAGUCAAUGGCCGUCCAACUCUGACUAUCAAUGUUUCCACUGCACGUGAGCACUGGCUGGAAGGGAUGCUGAGGCAUGAAAUAGGAACUCAUUAUUUUCGGGGCAUGAACAACAACAGCCAGCCUUGGUGCAAUUGGAAUGGACGUAAAAAGCAUGGUUUGAAGCCAAUCAAUCCUACUGAAGAAGGUUUGGCGAGUAUUCACAGUGUCCUGUUCCGAAAGGACCCUUUCCUGUGGAGGGCUGCCCUUCUCUACUAUACUGUCUAUCAAGCUAGCCAGAUGUCCUUCAGUCAGCUCUUCCAGGAUGUGGGGAGAUUUGUAAAGGACCCCAACACUAGGUGGGAUUACUGCGUACGAGCCAAGAGGGGGUGGACUGAUACAUCCCAGCCAGGCUGUUUCAAUAAGGAUCAAGUGUACUUGGAUGGCAUCCUCCGGAUCCUGAGAUAUAGGCAAACCAUUGAUUUUCAGUUGCUGACAGCCCUUGGAAAGAUCUCCUAUGAAGAUGUGGAUCGCCUGAAGGAAUUAGCUGUGAUUGAGAACACGAGGGUACCACACUUCAUGCAGGACCAUGCCCGAUACAUGGAACACUUGGAAAAGAUCAUGGAAGUCAAUGAGCUGACUGACAAGGAGCUCCAGGAUCUGAUAUGUUAAGCGUUAAUCUCCUUCACUUGUGUGCAGCUGAUUAUACAGAACCAGACUUCAUCAGAGCUCACAAGAAUAGGAUUCCAUUUAUCUUGUUUGUUUGUUUGUUUGUUUUUAGCCAGAUUAAAAUAUUUAUUUCUGCAAAUUGUAUUUCCAAAAGAAAAAUGCAAACCUUGAGCUACCCAUUUAAGAUCUUUCUUUUAUAGAAAUAAGAUUAUUUGAGGUUUCUUUCCAACGCUCAUACUCUGAUCCACUCAGACUAUUGAUUUAGGUUAGGGAUUCCCUUGUGACCAUUCUGUAUCAUUGUCCUUCAGGUGUUAUGCACACAAAUGAGUGAGUUUGAAAUGUCUUCUUUUUUAUGAUUACCGCUUUUGGAUUCCUUUUUAGAGCCAGUCUUUGGGAAUUUUUUCCCCCUUGGUUCAUUCACUAUAGCUUAAUCUCUGGUCACAAUCUUUACCAUACUGAUGUGUAGCAACAAAAGCAUAGAACUGCUGUACACUGCUAUAUCACUCUUUUCCUAAGUCUUUCCUGUUUCAUCCUGUUUGCCGCCCUGUAAAAUCCCUAAUAUGCAUCUACUCCUUCCUAUAACAAUGUUGAGACUUUUUUCUAUGGAGUUAAUUUGUACUACCAUACUUCAUAGCUAGUGUUUCAGAAAGCUAUAGUAGAUGUUGCUAUUUUAAUGGCUGUAAACAGGUUAACAAGUUGUCCACAACCUCAAAAGGGUAUAACUGUCCUUUGUUAUACUGGACACAUAUACAUGUGCACUAAUGUGCCAUAAUUACAGUGCAUUAAAUUUCGUACCUGUAAUAACAGGUAGUAAAUGCACCGUUAUCGAUACUACUGCACAGUAACGCCAGCACAUCUUUUACGGGACGCUAAUGCUCAGUAGGCUAAUUCUACUGCGCAUUAAUUAGCCUGGCUUCCUCUGUGACACACUAAUGUGCAGUACAGUUAGUCUACUGUGCUUCUAGCGUCUCAUGUAGAUGUGCCCACUGUGUCCAAAUUCCAGGAAAGGGUCUUUUUUGUUUGAGAAAAAAUUUUCACACUAUUUUUUUUGGAAGGAAGACGCAAUCAAACUGAGAUUCUUUGACUAAUGUUUAUAACAAAUCUACGUACUGGGCUAUAACUUGUUUCAGCCAUCAAAAACACUCCUCUGCUAUAUCACCUGAACCAUUUAGAGUGGUUUAGGCUGCCAGGCGCUCUGCCCACACAGGCAGGCUUGAGACAGUUUUCCCUUACUAAAGUCCCAAGUGCCCUGUUCCUGUGGUUAAAGUAACCAAAGUGCUCUAGCACAUCUGAAACAUCCUUACCUCGAGUUUAAAUUCUGGUGCUAUACAAAAUAAGCAGAGAAAGCACAUUGCUUUAUGUCUCUUUAUAAAGGAAUAACAAGCUUAGGUAAAGCAAGAGGGUUUUUCUCUACAGGGAUCCACAUUUUCUGGAUGCAGAAUAUGAUGAAAGUGCAAAUUUCAGUUCCAUAAUUAAGGGGUACUUGAGUUUUGCACUUCAUGUAUGCAAGGGUUUACUUUUCAUUUUACCAGGGCUAGACUGAAUCUUUAGUGUCCAGUAUACUCUGCCCCUGGAGCAGUCCCAGGAUGAAACAGUAUCACAACUUUUCCCCUUGCUCUUGUGGACAGGCACAUUCAAUCUACUGCUGCCUGUUUCAUCUCUACUGAUCAGUAUUUUGGGAGGAGGGGAUGGAGCCAUGGUUACAACUACAUUCUGUACACCCACAAAUGGGCCUGAUCUUCCGCUUGUCCUGUGCUGUGACAGGUUUUAUGGACACAUGAGAAGGAGGAGGAGGUCAUGGUCAUUUGUGGGAGGGCAAGGGGAGCACGUACCUUGCGGACAGUCCAGCCCUUUACUGAUAAUUCUGUAGAAGCUAGUGGUCUAUGAUCAAAAAAUGGAAUAACCCUCUCCUACUCCCUCCCCACCAAUUUAUACAUGGUAGGAAGUAGCCAAUCCAGUUUUAAAGCCCUAAGGAAGCCUUUUGCCACAUGUAUUAAACAUGUUUGUGGGGCGGGGGGGGGGUGAAAAUCACGUGGCCAAAAGGAUUUGAAGGUUACAGUUCAUCCAUGUCACUUGUGCGCUGUGGUAACUGCCUUCUUGAGAUUCACUACAGUUGUUCCAGGAGUACAACUCCAGUGAUUUUACUGAGUGGGGUAUUUUACAUAAUGAGAACUAACACCACUUCCCAGUAGCCUUAAUUUUGUAUUGUCUGAAGUUUAAAAUUUGUUUACUCCCAUGAGCUAGUUGAUAGCUCAACUCCUUCCCUUUCCUUUCUGCCCCCAAAGCAUCACUAUUCCCCUUGUCACAUCAUUUUGUUUCAGAGUUGUAAAGGUGAACUGAACUGACAUGACAGUCUCACUCUAGCUGAAAUACCUUCAUUUUAGUAUUCAGUAACAUGCCCUGACACUGAACAAACCACCCCAGCUACUCUGCCCUGCUCAGCAGAAGUUCAGAUAUUGCAUUACGCAUAUUAGUGAUGGAAGUUGAAGAUUUGGGGCAAAAUUUGUCUUUGAGGUAAUUGGAUUGAAGUCUGUGGGGGUCACACCAGGGAAGAACUUGGCCCUCUACACUGAGGCAUGUGUGCCAUUCAGUAUCAAAAGGCCAUUAUUUAAAGGUGAAAUUUUUCUCAACUGAAAUAACCUCGGUACUUCAGUAGUUGCUUCUAUAGUAAAUACAAACAUAUACUCAAGACCUCACCCCCAAGAGUGAUUGCUGUGAAACCACUAAAUCUACCUGUCCAUAUUAAUCUGGUACAGAAUAGAAUGGUUAAAGCCCCUUCUCAGCUGCCGUUUGACUACAUCACUGCACUCUGAGUUAGCUAUUGGAAGUGUAAGGGACUAUUUUUUCUUUGCUAAAAGACCAGAAUUUUAUUGUUCCCUAAAGUAGUUGGUGCCAUUUUACUUUUACUAUUCAUGAUGAUGAUGUGAAUAGGUGUGUUCCAGUACAAGGUUAGAUUCUGGAAGUGUUGGCACAAUAGUACUGUAGUAGUAGGCACAAAUCUCAACCUCUGUUUUUCAGCAUUAAAUUUAUCCUUCUAACUUCGUAAAAGUAUUCUGAUUUGUAAUAGUAGUUUUGUAAACUUUUUGAAAUUUUUAUUGUGAAGAGGCAUGUUCCUGAAGUUCUGUAAUAAAGUAUGUGGAUGAUACUGCAUGCAAACUCUGA